AUGCAAGGAGCGGAGGUGAAUGAGGGAGAUAAUGGAGGAGCGGAGGUGAAUAAGGGAGAUAAUGGCGAUAAGACUGCAUUACACCUUGCUGCUCAGAAUGGUCAUCUUGAGGUCACCACAUAUCUACACAUUCUAGGAGCGGAGGUGAAUAAGGGGGAUAAUGACGGCAUGACUGCAUUACAUAGUGCUGCUAAGAAUGGCCAUCUUGAAGUCACCAAAUAUCUCACCAGUCAAGGAGCUGGGGUAAAUGAAGGAGAUAAUGGCGAUAAGACUGCAUUACACCUUGCUGCUCAGAAGGGAGCGGAGGUGAAUAAGGGAGAUAAUGGCAAUAAGACUGCAUUACACCUUGCUGCUCAGAAUGGUCAUCUUGAGGUCACCACAUAUCUACACAUUCUAGGAGCGGAGGUGAAUAAGGGAGAUAAUGUUGGUGUUACUGCAUUACACCGUAGUGCUCAGAAUGGUCAUCUCGAUAUCACAGAAUAUCUGAUCAGUCAAGGAGCUAAGGUAAAUAAAGGAGAUCUUGACCAUAUGACUGCAUUACAUAGUGCUGCUAAGAAUGGUCAUCUUGAAGUCACAGAAUAUCUGAUCAGUCACGGAGCUAAGGUGAAUAAAGGAGAUUAUGACGGUAUGACUGCAUUACAUAGUGCUGCUAAGAAUGGCCAUCUUGAAGUCACCAAAUAUCUCACCAGUCAAGGAGCUGGGGUAAAUGAAGGAGAUAAUGGCGAUAAGACUGCAUUACACCUUGCUGCUCAGAAGGGAGCGGAGGUGAAUAAGGGAGAUAAUGGCGAUAAGACUGCAUUACACCUUGCUGCUCAGAAUGGUCAUCUUGAGGUCACCAAAUAUCUCCACAUUCUAGGAGCGGAGCAAGGAGCUGAGGUGAAUGAGGGAGGUAUUGACGGUAGGAUUGCAUUACACAAUGCUUCUCAGCAGGGUCACCUUGAUGUCACCAAAUAUCUCAUCAGUCAAGGAGCUGCGGUGAAUGAGGGAGGUAUUGACGGAGCUCAGGUGAAUAAGGAAGAUAACGAUGGCUCGACACCUCUACACUAUGCUGUACAGAAUGGUUCCAUUGAUGUCGUUAAAGACCUUCUGGCAGGAGGAGCACUAUAUGACACACGAGACAUUCGCGGGCAGACACCACUACAACUGUCUUCCAUUCUCGGGUUCGAAAACAUCACUGAUUUAUUCAUCGACAUUUCCAAGUCGAAGAUCUCUGAUGAGUAUUACAAUGGCGAAUUAUCUCCUGAGAAGGCCUUGGUGUUUUAUCUCCUGGAGAAUGGAGCCAAGUUAGAUGUGAAGGACAAAACAGGCAACCUACCAAUCCAGUAUGCCAAGGAUGAAGAGAUCAAGCAAAUGAUUUUGUCUAGGUGA